ACUGAACAGACAAGUGUACUUAAUGAACAGGCAAGUGUACUUACUGAACAGACAAGCGUACUCACUGAACAGAUAAGCAAACUCACUGAACAGGCAAGCGUAUUCACUAAACAGGCCAGCAUACUCAUUGAACAGACAAGUGUAUUCACUGAACAGUCAAGCGAACUCACUAAACAGACAAGCAUACUCACUGAACAGACAAGCGUACAUACUGAACAGACGAGCGUACACACUGAACAGACAAGCGUACACACUGAAUAG